AUGUCCUGGCCGGGAUUCCAAGCAAGGGCCCCGGUACUGCAAGGCAGGAGUGCCAACCCCCGAGCGUCUGUGCCGGAGCGGUCUAUCUCAGUAAUAGCAGGAAAGUCCAUCACCGCAGUGGUAAUCGGUGACUCCUCUGUGCCCGGGGACACGCUGCUUAUCCGCUCCGGUUCUUCUCAUCAUCCGCUCCGGUUCUUCUCAUCAUCCGCUCCGGUUCUUCUCAUCAUCCGCUCCGGUUCUUCUUCUCGUCAUCCGCUCCGGUUCUUCUUCUCGUCAUCCGCUCCGGCUCUGCUGACCGUUGUCACCUCCCCCUAUGUGGAGAUCCACGAGGCCACCGUCCUCCAGACUGUUCGGACCUGUUACAACAUUUAUCUGGCCAGCAAAAACCUGGUGAAUCAGACCACUGCUAAGGCCACGCUGACCCAGAUGCUGAAUGUCAUCUUCACCCGUAUGGAAAUGCAGGAGGCCCAGGAGUUUCCGGAUCCAGAGAAGCAACAAUUGAAGCUGCAUACUCCGACGUCUCACAAAAUAGCGGGCUCCCCACAAGUCACGCCCAAAUUACACAGCCGCCAGCCCAGCGGGUCCCCCGUACCCAGUACACGGGAUGUUACCAAUGGUGUUCAGAACCAAGAAGACGGAUCACAAGUAGAUGGCAGGACAAGUGGGGAGACGGCACCUGUAGAGCCAGCACCGGAGAACAUGGCGGCUCCUGGAGACAAGGCUCCGUGUCAUCAGUAUGGGGUACAGGAGGCGCCCCCUCGUCCGGAUGGGGUACAGGAGGCGCCCCCUCGUCCGGAUGGGGUACAGGAGGCGCCCCCUCGUCCGGAUGGGGUACAGGAGGCGCCCCCUCGUCCGGAUGGGGUACAGGAGGCGCCCCCUCGUCUGGAUGGGGUACAGGAGGCGCCCCCUCGUCUGGAUGGGGUACAGGAGGCACCGCCUCAGGAUGGGGUACAGGAGGCACCGCCUCAUGGUGAGCAGUUCCCUGAGAGGUCAAAAUCCAACACUCAAGAGGUGGAAGUUCCGCUCAGUGUUCCGGGUGAUGCCGGGUUCCGGGGUGUUCCGGGUGAUUCCGGGUUCCGGGGUGUUCCGGGUGAGCCAGAAGUCGCUGGGUUUUCUCCCCCUGAGAGUGUUCAGACCAAUGGGAUUGCGUACGACAGACAGUCCGUGUCUUCUACAGAUAAUCUGGAAUUGGACUCUCUUCCGGGUCAGCAUUCUGGUGCCAAGUUCACUCACAUCCUCCAGAAAGACGCGUUCUUGGUGUUCCGUUCCCUCUGCAAACUAUCCAUGAAACCCCUGGGAGACGGACCCCCGGACCCCAAGUCCCAUGAACUGCGCUCCAAGGUCAUCUCCCUGCAGCUCCUGCUGUCAGUAUUGCAGAACGCCGGCCCCGUCUUCAGGACCCAUGAAAUGUUCAUCAAUGCCAUCAAGCAAUACCUGUGUGUCGCGUUGUCGAAGAAUGGCGUCUCCGGCGUGCCCGACGUCUUCGAGUUGUCGCUCGCCAUAUUCCUGAGCCUGCUCUCCAACUUCAAAAUGCACCUAAAAAUGCAGGUGGAGGUGUUUUUUAAAGAAAUCUUUUUGAAUAUUCUGGAGACGUCGUCGAGUUCCUUUGAGCACAAGUGGAUGGUGAUCCAGACCCUGACCAGGAUCUGCGCAGAUGCUCAGUGUGUGGUGGACAUCUACGUUAACUACGACUGCGACCUCAACGCUGCUAAUAUUUUUGAACGACUUGUGAACGACUUGUCCAAGAUUGCUCAGGGAAGGAGCGGGCAUGAGCUGGGGAUGAGCCCCCUGCAGGAGAUCAGUCUGAGGAAGAAAGGUCUGGAGUGUCUGGUCUCCAUAUUGAAGUGUAUGGUGGAAUGGAGCAAAGAUCUCUACAUCAACCCCAACCAGCAAUCCAUCCUCGGUCAGGCGACUUCCUGCGAACCGGAGACCAUUGAAAACAAAACUCCGGACAUAUCGGGCCGCAGGAGCAGCGCCAGCUCGGUGGAUUCCUCGGUGUCGUCGUGGAUUGUCGCCGACGACCCUGAACAGUUUGAGGUCAUCAAGCAGCAGAAGGAAAUCAUUGAGCACGGCAUUGAACUGUUUAAUCGGAAGCCGAAAAGAGGGAUCCAGUAUCUGCAGGAGCAGGGAAUGCUGGGAAGUAUGCCGCAGGACAUUGCGCAGUUAUUCCACCAGGAGGACCGGCUGGACUUUGUAAGUAUCUCCUAUUCCUGA